AGGCAAGGCAGCCCAGGCUGCCACGUCACCUGCAACCUGACCUCACCCGGUCCCGCCCCUGUCCUCAGGAGUCUUGAGCAACACGGUGCUGCUGACGGAAUUCUGAAACAGUAGUCACUAUGAUUCCUUGGGCAUGGAGGCUUCUUCCUAGAAAGGCCACUGGUUCCGUAUCUACAUCAUCAGCCAAUCAGCGAGCCGAGGAUCACCAUCGGCAGCUGGAGGCCUAUGGGUACUUUCUGCCCAUCCAGACCAGGUGGCAGGACAACGACCAGUACGGCCACGUGAACAACGCUGUGUACUACAGCUACUUCGACACUAUAAUCAACCACUACCUGCUCAGGUACUGUGGCCUGGAAACCAGCUUGCUGACGUCCCCCCUGGUGGGGUUCAUGGUGACCAAUCAGUGCAAGUACCAUACACCCAUCAGCUUUCCUCAGAUCCCACUGGCUGCCCUGGCUGUGGAGAAAGUGGGUCGCUCCAGUGUAUGUUACAGUCUGGCUCUGUUUCCUCCUAAGCCCACCAAGGAGCUGCUGUCAGUAAAUCACCAUGAUCUCAUCAAUGGUUUUUUCUUAGGCCAUCCUAAAUUAGCACAGUUUGACACUCUGGCAUGUACCACGGGGUCUUCAGUCCACGUCUUUGUGAAUCCAGCCACUAGCAAACCAGAGAACCUUCCAGAAGACUUUAGGAACAGUCUCCAGAAGCUGAUGAGUCCAGCAUAGCAUGGAUUGUCUGACAUUAUCCAUGGAAAUCACUAUGUCAUAAAAUGAAGUUUAGGUUGUUCUCUGUACAUUUCAUUAGCAUAUUUUUUUGCCCUUAAAAUAGCUGUCAAUGACUUAAACAUUUUUAUAACAGUUAUUGAACUUCAAAGUGGAAUAUCUCUUUGGAACAGGCCUGUAGCCAAGUACUUUUCACAACUUAACACACAAAGCAGCUCACAACUACACUUCAAGGGAGGCACCAUUCUAACGCUUUUACAAGAAGUACACUGUGAGGUUUACAGACAGAAGCCAUUCGCCUCUGUGAAAGUACCAUACUCCAAACUCACAGUCUUAGCCUCCACACUGAUACCCUCCUUGCCAUGCAGCCCCAACCCUGAGCAAAUACAGGGCCAUGAAGUCGGCCAUUUCCACAUAGUGGCCAUGUACUGCCUGCAGGCCCAUUGUUCUGCCAGCUUUUCCACAUCCAGUGAAAUUCUUUACUUCUUUGGCAGUAUCUUAUCAGGUAGAUUAUCUAUUUCCUAUGGUUUGGGUUCUUUAAUUUGACUCAUUACAUAUCUUUAGCUUCUUUCAGUAAAUAAAUCCCUGAUUUUAUCUUUUUCUGUCUGUAUGAACUAUGGCUCUAGAAAAAUCACCUUUCUUCUCCCUAUAUUUAAAACAACAAAAAUGACAAGCCUGUGAUGUUUCUCCGCCACAUAUUUUCCCUGUAUCCAUCACCUAUGUCAUGGGUGGAAGUCAACAAGUAACUGAAUAAAAUUAAUCUCUGAUGCUAAAACA